CAAACAACCAAGAAAAUAAAGUCGACCCCUAUCGAAAAAAGACAGUCAACUCCAAGUUCUAGUUGGCAGCAAGAGCCAAGGUCUAUCACCGAUCUCCCUGAGGCACAACAAAGUCUCGUUCCCGAAUACCGCAACCACUGGCAUCAAAUACGCACUCGUUUUAGCCGCAAAAAUCGCCUUUUGGACUGGUACAAUUUCCGCCUGUCCUCUCUCCAACCUCAAGAACUUAUCACUCAUUUGAAUAACAUUUUUACUGACCAGUCCACGGUGUUUAAGCUGAAUGUGUCUUUUGGUUUCAUUCUACGCAACAACGAGACUGGAGCACUUCAAUAUUAUUAUGCCUCCAGAAAUAAUGAGCAAGUCUUCGAGGACCCCUUUCAAAUUAACACCGCAGCUGACCUUCAGCAAGUUCGUGAAGCAUUGGUAAACCUUGACGUCUUGGAAUGGGUACGCCAGCGACGCCCUAACUCCAAAUGGGUCGUAGAACAGGUGACCAAUAUCACUUUCUUCGUCACCAAGCUACGAGGUCAUCCUAUAGGGAGAGGUACUUACUUGCCUUCCUAUCUGGCCGAGAACCAUGGUUUGGUCGCCUUGGAUCGCAACCACCAGACCGGUAAAAUCUACAGCGACAAUUUGUGCUUCUUUCGCGCUCUGGCACUCCACAACGGUUGUCACCCAAAGAAUCUAGAGCGGGAUGCACGACAUUACUAUGAGCGAUAUAGAGAGUUUUUUCCUGAGAAAAAGAAAUUUUGUGGUGUAAAGCUGAAAGAACUGAUCGACCUAGAACACCUCUACAAAGUCAACAUUUUUGUCUAUUCCCUCGAACCCACUAAACCAGAUGGAGAGGAGGGAGAAGAAGACAUCGAAAAAGAGGAAGAGGAUUUCGCUCCUGAGAUCGCUGCGCAGUUGAUUCACCGCUCCCUUUGCCACUACCCAACUACGCUGUACCUCAACCUGUACCAGAAUCACUUUUCCUGUAUUAAAGAUUUAAAGAAGUAUGCCAAGUCCUACAGCUGCUCGCGAUGUGGAACAUUGUGGAAACAUGUUGGUAUGUUAAAUCGUCACGAGCGAACCUGUGAAGCGAAAGUUAGUUACCAGUUUCCAGGAGGUGCUUACAAGACCCCACCAACCAUCUUUCAGUUGCUUGAAGACGAAGGGUUGACUGUUCCUGAACAUCUCAAGUUCUUCCCCUACAGAGCUACCUUUGACUUUGAGUGUAUGUUUACACCUGAGACAGACCUUAACGAUACAGAGAAACUGACUUGGGACGCUAAACAUAUACCCCUCAGCGUGAGUGUCUGCUCCAACGUUCCAGACUACGACCAACCUAAUUGCUUUGUCUCAGAUGGGGACUCUAAAAAGCUCGUCAAAGAGAUGUUAGAACACCUCGUAAAAAUCAGUGAACAAAGUUAUGACCUAUUAAGAAAAGAAUUUAACUUUCUUUUUGAAGCCAUCGACCAAAGGCUGCAAGACAUGAAGCAAAAAUCAGAAGCUGGUGACCCUUCAAAAACUAACACAGUAGAAAACCUCACCCAGGAAGAUAGCGAUGAUGAAGGAGAAGAUCUCAUGGACACAGAUAAUGAAGAGGAAGAAGAAAUCGAGUCUGAAACCGAAGAAGAUCGUGUCUUUAUUGACGAUGACGUAGAAGAACAAGGUGCCUCGUUUUACAGGGCCUUAGAUCGCGAACACGAGGAUCAGAGUGAGAAUGAUCACGAGUGUGAAUAUGAUAGACCAGAGGACAACAGCCCAGAACCUAAGCAGAAAAAAGUGCACCCUUUAAAGAAACUGAGAGAUCGUUUCCAAGAAUAUCUACAAGAACUUCCUGUCCUGGGCUUCAAUUCUGGUAAAUAUGACUUGAAUGUCGUCAAAGAAUUUCUGUUUCCUGUCCUGGUCCAGAAUAAAGGCGUUCAGUUUACUAUCAAGCGUAACCACAAUUUCAUGUGCCUAAAGACCCCACAUCUUCGCUUCCUCGACGUCACCAACUUUCUUGCUCCCGGUUUCAGCUACGACAAAUUUCUGAAGGCCUACGAGUGUCCUCAAACCAAGGGGUUCUUUCCUUAUGAAUGGCUGGAUUCCCUUGAGAAAUUAGAACACCCUUCCCUUCCACCUCACGAAGCGUUCUUUUCUACGUUAAAAAACAAGAACAUUUCUGAUGAAGACUACCAGUACUGCCAACAAGUCUGGUCGAACAAUAAUAUGCAGACCUUUCGAGAAUUUCUCAUCUGGUACAAGAUGUCCAACCUUUCUGUGAGGCCCUGGAAAAAAUGUGCGCCUUCUGGAAAGAUAAAAAGAUAG